AUGAGGGACUGCAAAGACCCAGAGGCAGAACUUGCCCUUGAUCUGGGUAACGUGGAAAUGGACACUAUGGACUCACUGCAGGUCCUGUCUGAUUGUAACUGUGACAGGAGGGCCACAGCACACUUCCCAGCUCCCUCCAGGACCUUCUGGAUCAUGCUGCCCGUUGCCUUGUUGUUUUUUGCAGUUGUUGGCAUCAUUGUCGUGGGGGUUCUCAGCUUCUCCCCCAGCUCUGCCCAGGCUGGCUCCCAGCUCCUCAGAGUGACACUCCAGGGCCAGCAGGAGCCGCUGAGGAACCAGACAGCUGUGGUGGACAAGGCCAGGAGCACCAUCACCUACUACAUCACCUCACAGAGCAACCUGAGCGCCGUGGUGCUGUACGACAGCAGGAACGGCUACGUGUGCUACAAGCCGCUGGAGCAGCGAGCGUGCUACCUGAGGAGGAUGGAGCCCUGGGACCUGCAGACCCUGCAGACACCUCUCAACUCCUCUGAGCACAGCGCUGAGCAGCUGCUGCAGCACAACAACCAGACCAAGUUCUACCGGGAGUUCCUGGGCAUUGUGCCAGGGGAGCAGGUGGAGCCCAGGGGCCUGGGGGAGGCUGUGCAGACCCUGUGUGAGCACACAUCCAUCUUCUGGGUGCGCAGAGGGCAGGGCCCGGGGAGGCAGCGCCUCAUCUACCUGUGCAUUGACAUCUGCUUCCCCAGCAACAUCUGCGUGUCCAUCUGCUUCUAUUACCUGCCCGAGUAAGGGCUGCAGCCACAGCCACC